CCCACUGGGCGGAGACUUUGUGUGACCGGACCCGACAGCCUGAGGGUGGUAAAGUGAGUGACCCGCGGGUGAGAGUGACGUGAGCCCGGUCUGAUGGCGGAGUCUGGCGGAGGAGUGACCCGGCGGAAGAAUCCGGUGCAGAGGCUGAAGAGUGCGAGCCACAGCCCUGGAGAGCCGGAGGAGGCCGCCCGAGGAGAGGCGGGGCUAAGAUGUCACAAGCUGCAGGAUUCUCUUCUGAGCUCGGCCAGUGGCUACAGAAAUUACCGGGGGGUCCUGAACUGGUGUGUCAUCAUGCUGGUUUUGGGGAACGCGCGCCUUUUUCUGGAGAACCUCAUUAAGUAUGGGAUACUGGUGGAUCCCAUCCAGGUGGUGUCGCUGUUCCUCAAGGACCCCUACAGCUGGCCCUCCCCCUGCCUGGUACUUGCAUCGCACGUCUUCAUUUUGGGGUCCCUGCACUUGGAGCGGCGCCUGGCAUCAGGAAGUUUUUCUGAGCGCAUCGGGUUGUUCCUGUACGUCCUCAUCCUCCCCAGCAUCCUGUGCUUCCCCGUGCUGGUGGUCUUCACCGUGCCCUCCCUCAGCCUAGUGGGUGCUGUGUUCUCUCUCAUGGUUUACACCAUCCUCUUCCUCAAGCUGUACUCCUACAAAGAUGUGAACCGUUGGUGCCGGGAGCGGAGGCGGGCACAGGUCCGGGCGCUCGGCCGCACUCAGUCUGCUCCUCAGAUGAGAAAAGCAAAUGGAGACAUUGGGAAGCAGGAGGUCACGUAUCCUGGGAAUCUGACGCACAGAGAUAUUUAUUACUUCAUGCUCGCCCCUACUCUCUGCUAUGAGCUGAACUUCCCACGUUCUCCGAGGAUUCGCAAGAGAUUCCUGCUCAGACGACUAUUCGAAAUGCUGUUCAUCAUGCAGCUCCUGGUCGGCCUGAUCCAGCAGUGGAUGGUCCCAGCUAUCCAGAACUCCAUGAAACCGUUCCGGGACAUGGAUUACUCGAGGAUGAUUGAGCGGCUCCUGAAGUUAGCGGUCCCCAACCACCUCAUCUGGCUGAUCUUCUUCUACUGGUUCUUCCAUUCUUCCAUGAACUUUGUGGCGGAGUUGAUGCGUUUUGGGGACCGUGAGUUUUACAGGGACUGGUGGAACUCUGAAACUGUGACCUACUUCUGGCAGAACUGGAACAUCCCCGUACACAAGUGGUGCCUCCGACAUUUCUACAAACCAAUGAUGAGACGUGGUAUCUCCAAGUGGGCAGCACAGACGGCAGUCUUCUUCGCCUCUGCUUUUUUUCAUGAGUACCUGGUCAGUGUCCCUAUGAAGAUGUUCCGUCCCUGGGCGUUCAUGGGGAUGAUGUCGCAGAUCCCUCUGGCCUGGUUCGUGGGUCGAUUUCUUCAAGGAAAUUAUGGCAAUGCGGCUGUGUGGAUCUCACUGAUCAUCGGACAGCCCACAGCGGUGCUCAUGUAUGUGCAUGAUUACUACAUUCUAAACCACGGGAUCAGGUCAUGAGUGUCACAGAUCCCUCACCACCAUGAAGGAAAGCUGCCCCUCGACAAGUUAAUCUCCCACAAUACCGUUGCAACUAUUCUGGAUCCUUUCUUUACCCAGAACCUAUGCAUCUCUCAUCCUGCAGUCCCAUCUUCAUCAGCUAUAUCCUACACAAUGUCUACUGCUAACUGUAGAAAUCCGUCCAAGAAAUCAGGUUUUCCGUCCUUCAUGUCCACCCUUCCAUGCCAUUUGGUGCAUCCAUCCUUGUGAAUCAUCACACAGAACCAUCCUGGAUCCGAUGUCAUCACUUGCUCAAUGACCUUCACUCUCUAGUGAUGAUCCAUGCUCUAAAUGGUACAAUGCACUCUGGUACUGGCCACCUCUGGCUCCACGUUCUCAGGCUGCGGUGGGAGACGUGUGCACUUUGUUCACAUGGUGCAGUAGGCAUUCUGUGUAUUUAGCUUGUGUUCUGGGCAGGGGGCAGCUGUCUGGCACGGGUCACUCCUCAGCAAUGGUACAUGGUCCCUUCUUGGGGGUAAACUACCAAAUCUUUAAUGACCUUCAUGGGGACUUCUGUAUGGCUAGCUGGCGGGACAGAGGCCACUGCGGCGUGUCCAGAGCCUCCGCCUGGAGCCUGUUUUUUUAAUGGUGUGACUUGUAUGUUGUGUGUGGAGCUCCAACCUAUUCAGUGCAACCACUUAAAUUAAAGUUGUUUUCAGCCAUGAG